GCGCUAGACAACACCCGUUAACACCAGCAACACCCAUCACCCCAACAUGGCUGAUCCCAUUGGCCUCACCGCCAGCAUCAUAGCGAUCGCGGGUCUGGCGUACUCAAGUUGCAGGACUCUGAGCAGCACGAUCAGGAAUAUACGCGAUGCGCCAGAUAUCCUCAGCGACCUCCACGGGGAUCUCGACACGGUCCAAAAUCUGCUUCGGUCGUUACAGAGCGCUUUCGAGGGCCUGAAUGAGAACGACCUGUCUGCCGGACAAAGGAGAUGUUUUGAAGAUCUCGAACCUUACAUGCGUCGAUGCGAGGCGACCUAUAAUGCUUUCGCAAAGACGCUGUCCCGGCUGACAUCUCACUCUGAUGAAGACAGACUCAGCUGGCGGGACCGAGGUCGCUUGCAUCUGGAGAGACGGGAUAUUGCAAGUCUGAAGAAUGGACUGCAGAAGGACAUAGAAACUCUUGAUAUUGCUAUCAACAUGGCAACACUGUGAGUUCAAUCCACGCUGACCGAUGCUUGGUGCUGAUGAGGCGUCUCCAACCGCCAGUCGAAGUACCCGGCAAAAUCAGGAUGCGCUGCGGACUCUGGAAAGAAGAAUUGUCACAUCGAUGAGCGAGUUCACCGGUGAGAUACAAGGCCUGCAGAUGGCAAUACAAUCC